AUGCCUACGCUCUUUCCAGAGAAACGCGCUUUCCGGAGCGAGCGUGGGCCGUGCGAGUCUCAGCGCCACCAGGGCGGGGUCCCUCGAGGCCACUGCGAGCUGCAGUCGCGGCCAGGAGCCGCUCCUCUCCGCCAAGCCCUUCCUGCCUCCGGCCUGCGGAUCAGAGAGGCCCGGACCCCAGGCCGCAGCCCGGGGAGAGGGAGGAGCGACGGAGAAAUGCAGCCUUGGGACGCAAGGACUGCGCCUGUCUCGCACGCGUCCUCCCACACCUAUGCCUCCCCUGUGGCUGGAGUCCAGUGGCCCGGCUUCCUCCCGCCCCAGGCCCCACGCCCCCCAGCCCGGCCCCGCCGGCUGCGAGGUCGUGGUCGCAGCGAGGACGCGGGCGGGCGGGGCGCGGUCGGGUCCCUAAGCCCAGGCCGAGCUCUCCGGCUGCGUUUUAAAACCUGCGGAAAAGGCGGCCUUUGGAAACCAUCAAACGAGUCCCCCGCGCCGGGCUCGGCCCUGGCUGCGCAGCGCAGGGGUGGGAGGCCGGCGGCUGGACGAAGCCGGGUCGCCGGGGAGGCGCGCGCGCCCCGAGCCCUCAUCCCCCGGGACCCCGCGCGCCCCGCGCCAGGCCGCGGCGUCUCCCCGGCGACGCGCUCCGCAGCAAGAUGGCGGAAGGUAGACACAAGGAAGGUUUUGGGAUAUAGAAGAUUAUUGUCACCUGUCAUCACCCUAUGUGCACACCAGAGCUGCCUGCUCCUGUCUGACCAUAGCUGGUGCCCAGUGAUCAACCUUUUCCCAUCUCUCCUAACCCCCUGCUGUUUUCAGAAAGAAGUAAAAGUAGCAGAAUUUCACAAAAGAAUCAAAGAGGCAUUUGCAGUGUUUGACCAUGAGUCGAAUAAUACAGUGGAUGUGAGAGAGAUUGGGACAAUUGUCAGGUCAUUAGGAUGCUGCCCCAGCGAAGGAGAGCUACAUGAUCUGCUUGCAGAGGUAGAAGAAGAAGAACCCACUGGAUACAUCAGAUACGAAAAAUUUCUUCCAGUGAUGACCAAAGUACUUCUGGAAGGAAGAUUCAGACCAAUUCCAGAUGAUGUCCUUCUUCAGGCUUUUGAGACUUUAGAUUCAGCUAAACGUGGAUUUCUUACUAAGGAAGAAUUGAUCAAACAUAUGACUGAAGAAGGUGAGCCUUUUUCUCAAGAGGAAAUGGAAGAAAUGCUAUCAGCUGCAAUUGAUCCAGAAUCAUAUUUAAUUCAUUACAAGGAUUACAUAGCAACGAUGGUGAUAGAUGAAAAUUAAAUAUUCCGAGGACUUAAAGGAGAAUUUUAAAAGCUGCUUGUCCUUGUUAAUUUCACAUUUUAUCUUGUAAUCCCUAUAUGUAAUUAAAUAUCUAUUAAAGAUAUUUAAUGUCUUGUGA